GCGGUGCUACACAGUAGUACAGCAGUAGCAAGGGUACAGUCACUUCGCCGUGUCAAUCUGGUCCCGCUUCACGGUUGAGAUGGAACUUUCUGAGCCGGCGAGGCUUUUGCUGUUAGCAUCGCUGCUGGCCAAGGACGGUUUGAUUUCGCACAAUGGCAAAGGCUUCCUAAAAGAUCUUAUUUUAAGGAGAGACGAGGACUUGAUCACGACCUUCGCGGGAUUCGGCUCCAACCCGAACUUUCUCGAAGACCUGCACAGUCUCAUCGACCGCGAGAGCAAGCGACUGUAUGAGUCGUUGUUCGUCGGGCUGUCCCUCGCCGAGGGCAAGAGCCUAUCCAAGGCAGAGAGGAGGAGGAAGGGCCUCAUGGACAACAGGGCACUCAUCUACGGAGAGGUGGAUUUCGCGAGCUUUGCGACGAUCCUGCGGGAGAUAGGCGCAUUGACGGAGACCAAAAUUGGGGAGAUUUUCUACGACUUAGGAAGCGGUACUGGAAAAGCGCUGUAUGUGGUCCAGAACGCCAGUGUCUUCGCCGGAUCGUUCUUGGAGUACGACUGGUCCGACGGAGACUGCGUGUUUGCCAACAGCACGUGCUUUCCGGAGGACCUCAUGGAUGCACUCGCUCGUCAGGCGGAGGAGCUAAAGCCAGGGUCCAUCGUGGUAACCUUCACGAAAGGGCUAGAUUCCACAGCUUUCGAGGUCCUCAGCAAGAGGCGCUUCGAAAUGAGCUGGGGACCCGCCACUGUGUUUAUCCACCGGCGCCGUCUCGACGGAGAGCCUGCGCCAGGCAGCAGUCGGGACGGUCGCAACCACCUACACAGACUGAUAACAGCGGGUGAGGCGGAUACCAUAUCAACGACGAGCGGUCCCAACGGCAGCAACACUAGCGUGCUGAAGAGCAACAACAGCGGCAAGUUCAGGCGGGGCACUUCGAUUGGCGAUACCAUACUCGCUAGCGGUAGGGCCGACCGCGCGGAGAGUACUCUCCCCGCCGCCAGUGGCCGGGAUCGGUAUGAGAACGCAGCUUCCAGAAGCGCAGGGGGGACGAGAGGGGCUGCUGCAGAGAGGCAUACAGGGGGGAGGCGCGGGACGCUGGCAGAGGGUCUUGAGGAGGUAGACGAUGGAGAAGAGGACGACGUCGAGGACGAGGAAGAAACAGAAGAGGACGAGACGGAAGAGGAGCAGCAAGGACAACGAGGGGACUCCAAGGAUUCAAGCCAGGAGACGGGCUUACUCUUCGACACGGAGCAGCUCCAGGGCAGCAAGGGAGGAGAGGACGGCGGUGUCGCACCCCCUCCCGUUCCCGAGCGGUUGGUGGGCUUCGGCGAGUUGCUGAGACAGGCUGAACACGCGCAGGCGCAGGCUCUGGAACAGCUCAGCUUUUCUCGGCAAGAGCUCUUGAUGAUGCCCGACGGGCUUGCACACCCUGCGAGAGCUACGAUUGGUGACAGCAGCGAUGACGACAGCAACAGCAACGACGGCGACAACGAGGGUGUGGAUCCUAAGCACAGUGGCGAAAACGAAGACGCCGACGAUGAGGAGGAGGAGCUGGAUGAUUUGCGUGACCUUUCUGAUGACGGCAGCAACCAAGAACAAGAUGAAGCAGUCGAGGAAGGAGAGCAGCCAAGCUCGCUUUGGAAGGGGGGAAAGGCGGAGUCAGGCACAGAAGGGGAUAAGGCGAACGAUAAAGGCAAGGAUAUUCCCGGUCCAUCCGAGCUGUCUUCGGACGACUUGAAGCCAAAGAAGGACGGGAAACAGAAGAGGCGCAUAAAUCCGUGCAGUGAUAAGGACCAAGAGGUGGACGGGGGGGAGUCUAGGCAAGAGGAUGUAGCUUCGACCACCCGUUGUGAUUCCUCUGAAGGUGUCUCCGCCAUCGCACCCGCCGCACUGACGCCGGAUACAGGCACUAGUUCGAUUUCACACCAACAGCAGCAUCAUAAACAAAGUGAAGUCCCAGCAGACAAUCCCGUCAUGGUUGAGCGCGUGGAGGACGACGGCCAAGCGCAACACCACUGUAUGCAAGACUCAGAAGGGGAAGCAGAGAGCUGUCCACGGGAAGAAGACGCAGAAGGACCAUCAAUGAAGGACAGCAGUGCUACUGAGGCGAUGGGGACCUCUGUGGCCGAAACAGGCGGCGAUACUGGGGUUUGCGUUGGUCAAGACGGCCGCGGCCACGGCAACGGUUGUCAUGCUCACGCAGGCAACAGUGAUGGUGGCGAUGGUAGAAAUGACCAACGACAAGACGAAACGGCAGAAGGCAGUCUACAGGGUAGCGGAGAUGACGACGGCGACGAUGCAACCAACGGCAUGAAUGCCCGUUCCGAUGGAAACCCAGACGAAGCUGUGGAGGUCUUGAACCCGGCGAAUGUAUCCACCGAAACCCUACUUGUUCCUCCUCCUCCAGCCAUCGGCAGCGCGGAGACUGACAGCGUGAUCUCCAACCACGGAGCAGCCGCAGCGAUGAAAUGUCAGUGGCUUCCAAUCACGUUGCCACCGUCGCCUCCCUCUCUGGGAGCGAGACAAAUGAAGGAGGAAGUGAAACCGCCGGACCCCGGUCAAGGGAAAGAGGUAGGCUUGGUGCUGUCACCCCAGGGGGAGAUCGAGGCGCUUGAAUCUCCGCAAGAUACGGCGCUUUUGCAGCGAAAAGCUGGCCGAGACCCUUGUCGGAACUGAUGCGCGCGCACAGAGGGGUGUCGACUGUGCCUCCUCUGAUUGUUCCCCUUGUUCUUCGAAGUGAAACCUGAAACACCCGCCGUUUCCGUAGGAAAUCUCGUCGAGGACAAGGAGGCACUCUGGCUUACCUAGAAUCUGGGUUGGUUUCAUGCUCAAAAUAGGCGGAGGACGCAAGGACGAAACGUCGCCGUGUUGUUCGCUUGCCUCGGUGAUUCCAACCUGGGUGUGAAUAACUGCAUGCAGGCCACGUUUUCAUGAUCGGGGCGGUCUGAAGCAGCAAGUGGUUGGAGCGGGUUUGUCCCUGCUGGUGCGCCUGUGACAUCUCCAUGGUGCACCUGUGGCGUCUCCAUACGAUGGGGCCCCAACCUCGUGGACGAAUAGAAUAUACAGACUCCAGAGUAACAAGUUCGAAGAGGCGGGGUACGGGGUUGACGGGGCGGUGAAUGGACAACUCAGGUCGACAGACAAUGGCCGAGUGCCCGUUUGUCGGACGAGCAACGGCCGACGGAGAUCGUGUGAGAUGGAACAUCUAGACUAGAAUGUAGAUUACAGGAGAGAACGCUUGGCAACUAUUCUGUUCUUUGUAGCCUAGAGCUUGCAUCUGACUUGGGGCAAGCGCGAUUGAGCCGAACAUGAUCUGUCCGUCCGAGUUGUGAUGUACAAUCGGGUUCAUGUUUGCCCGUCUGCAACAUCGAGUUGGUGUGGGGAUCAUUGUGUCCGCGUCUGGCGUUCGGGGUGAGGUAGCCUGCCAACGAGCAGGACGUGCGUCCAUUUGUUCUCGGUGGAUCAACAGUUUCCGGUGACAACUAUCUGCUGUUUGCUUUGGUCGAACGAUAAUCGUGUUAUGUGCUACGCUUGCUGGUCAAAGGAGGAGGGGUCGGGGGGGAUACCAGUUUGUCGAAGCCAUACCCGUCGUCUGUAAGUCUGGGACGAAUGUACUUUGAGCUUUGCCAACAGAAACGGUUAUCAUGAACAGAACAGAUAGUUGUAGAAUAAAUAGUUGUCAACACCAUUGACGCCGUGAAACCCGCGAGUUUCGAGCGCGAAACGUCCGUAACAGGUUCCAAGCUUCCUGUAUGACGAUGGUGAUCAG